CUGAAUGAUGCUAAAUGUAUUGCUCCUAGCAAGGUUUGGCAUAUGGUCAUUGCCAUGGCAACCAUUUGCUACCUCAUCCUAGCAUCACUCGGUUGCCCUUUUAAGAAGCUCUGUUAUUUCCGUCCUAGCCUGCUUUCCCCUGUGUAUACUGCCGAAGGAAGCCGCGUCGCUUGGUACAGGCAUUAAAAAAAAAAAAAAAGCAGAAAAGUGAAGCUGAGGAUGGAUCGAUUCAUUUACAAGAAAACAACAGCAUAUCCAUGUGCUCAGAGACAAAGGAUAGGUUAUAUCGUCUGAUACCGACUGAGGAAAAAUACGCGCGCAACUCAACCGUAUCACCGUAUGCUUUGAUACACGGGAUUGUGAAUCUUCUGGGAUCGACGUUCUUUGACACCCGAAAGGAUCAGUUAUGCCCUAAAACAACAGACCCAGGGUUUUAUAUAUAUAUAUCGACACUUUGCCCGGCUUGUACUGCCAAGAGAAGGUGACGGUGUUUCCAAAAAGGACGGCACAGUGGAGCACAGAGGUAAAAACAGGGGCAUUAUGAAGGACAAAGACUACCAUGCCGGUUUAGAAAGGGGAAAGCCUGCUACAUACACAGGGGACAAGAAAGCAAAAAUGGCAGCCAAAACCAAUAAAAAAUGGGUAAGACUGGCAACUGUUUUCGCUUACGUGUUAUCCGUUUCCCUGGCUGCUAUUGUCUUAGCUAUUUAUUACAGUUUAAUAUGGAAACCUGUGAGGUCUGGCGGUGAAACGGCUAAUGGAAAUGCUGGUCCCGAGGUAACGACUUUUAGAAGCAACAUCACAACUCUUGUGUCUGACAAUAAGCCGAAUAACAGCAUUCCUAGUAAUGGAGCAAGGACCGGCAUUGAUUCAGUGAAAACAUCUUCUGCAUUUCCGGAUGCAGUCAGCCAUGUAACUCCUUCACAAAAGGUAGCGACAGAACACACCAUGGUUCAAGCCACAAUACCUAAUGGAGACUCUGCAACAGAGCACGGGGUGCUUGUGCUUACAACAAACCCCAUCAUUCAGCAAGAAAGCACAUUGGAGACAGAUGGUCAGGAAAUUGUGACACCAUCACCACCAAGCCAUAACACACAGGUAUGGAAAGAGGCCUUAAGACCAGACACAAAAAAUCCUGUAAGCAGUAGCCCACUGCCUGCACAUUUCCCCGUAACUCCUACCCCCGCUGACACGUCCCUAUCUAAUGAUGAUCUACUUAUUCAGCCAACCAAAGGCUUUAAUGGAGUCGCAGAAGAUCUUCAAGGGUUUACAUCAGUGCAAGACGUAAGAGAUACUACACACCACUUAUUUGCUCCGUCUAAUUUCAACAAGGACUCUCUGAUAAGUGGUAGCACAGCACCAUUAGAGCGUCAAACCGCUGAAGCUGAAAGAAGCCAUGAGCCUCAGGGCUCUACAGACGCAGUGACAUAUUCAGGACAUACAUCUGCAGCAGGAAGCCUAUAGGAUUCAGUAAUAAUGACUCCUCUGGGAACAUAGCAAGCCUUUUUUAUGUGAUGGAA